AUGGCGAAUCUAUCGGCAGUUGGGAUGUUACCGUUUUUUACUGUUCUGACUGUUUUGUCUGGGACCGUUGAGGGAUUUCUACCAAACAGGCUGAGUACGCUCUAUACCUUGAACGCCAACGACUACACUCAUGAGGAAAUAACCCAGAUCGGAGUUCUAAAAGCUGCAGCCAAGUUUUUAGAAGACAACCCGCCAAGUGGGAUGUCCUUUACCCCAGGGCAACUUCAGAAUUUGGAUCCGUUCAACCCAACGACGCUUUUCACAGCCUAUUAUGGAGAGGUGACUUCAGCAGCUAAACUCCAGUCGGCGAUAACAGAGAUCAUUGAUGCAAACUCACGGGUGGACAGUGACUACCUGUCUAACGCAGAAUACCACGUUAGCGGAGAAGAAAUUCAAGCAGCAAACAUCCUGUUGAUAACUCAGCGAAAUAGCAUACUAGAAAUCCUGUCAGGAACACGACCCAACUUUGAAGCAGCCCGAGCGAUGAUUGGUGUUUACCUGCACAUCUUACAAGACUUCUACAGCAACACUAACUGGAUCGAGUUGGAGGGAGGGGUUCCGUAUGAAGACCUGGGGUUACCAGACAAAGCUCUCCGACCGGUCGCCACGGACUCCGCCAUUCCAACUUGCCAGGAUUGCUCGCCCAGUCGAGUCCUUGUUUGUCAAGAUAACAUCCUAUUGCAACAUCUUUUGACAAGUGGAUACAAGAGUGGGCAAAGUAAAGCAAAACCACCUGCUAUCUCUGAAACUACAGGCAAGUGCAGUCAUGGCGGUUUGAUGGAUGACUCUAGACUUACAGUCCCGACUGGAGGAAUCAACAAGGAGACGAGUGUUCCCAGUCUGUCUCCCCACCACUAUCUUCAUGAGCAGGCCAAACAGGCAGCCAUUCAGGCAACAACAAACUUCUUCAUUGCACCAGGUUAUGGCCUACUGUCACAAAUUGGUGAUGACAAGUUCAAGGAGGUCCUGAACCUUGGAUCAGGAAACUCUAUGGUUUUUGUAAUUGACGUGUCGGGCAGCAUGUCGGAUGACGUUGCAGCAGUUCGUCAAGAAUCGAUUCAGCUAGUACAAAGCACCUUGGGCACAGCUACUGCACCGUACAACUAUAUCCUGUCUACUUUCAGCGAUCCCGAGGACCUUGGACAAGUACGUACAACAAAAGAUCCAGACGAGAUGAUUACCUGGCUAUACGCGCUAACAGUGCACGGUGGAGGAGACUGUCCUGAGUACUGUUUUUCUGGAAUUGAACAGGCCCUGCUCAUCUGUUUGCCAGAGUCUCACCUAUUCAUCUUUACGGACGCGGAUCCAAAAGACACAGAAAAGUACGACAACAUUGCGGCACUGAUGGGCGAAAAGCAAGCUAGGCUCAACUUUCUAUUGACAGGCUCAUGCACCAGUCGCAACUUACUUGAUGAACAGAAACAAGGCUACUAUAAAGCUACCUCCCAUACUGCCAAGAGACGAAGCAACAGAAACUGGUACGAACAACUCGCCGAGCAGUCCGGUGGAUCUGUCUACGAAGGUGACAAAGAAGACAUUGCCGAGCUGACGGGUGUCAUCAGCGUUGCCCUGUCUAACUCCGCUCCUGUGACCCUCUACAAGGCCAGUCUGCCGGCGGGAAGCGGCAGGGUUGUGCCGGUAGAGGUCGACAGUGCUCUCCUGGAGCUGGCCAUCUCUUUAGUAGCUGCAAACAGCGCACCGGACGUUGUAAUAGAAACUCCUAAUGAUUCACAGCAUUACAUGUUGGAGGUUACGGGAAAGAGCAUUGUGGACUUCUCGUACCAGUUUAUGAGGACAACAACCAAUGGCAUCUUACUGCCCAUUGAUGGAAGACCUGUUGCAGGGGUAAAUACAACUAUCAUUGUGGAUGUUCUCGGCUCAGAGAAUGUCCAGCAGCUGACCAGAAUUUCACUACUAAACGAGGCAGGUGACGGGCUGGUGUCGUCUCCAAUGGCAUCCGUUGGUGGCCUUCUUGGGGCCAAGUAUUCUGCAGUUGUUGUCAUGCCAACAGAGAAAUUUCGGGUGAAGAUUGAAGGCAGCGACUUAAGCAACAAUGUGUUUCAGCGUGUUCAGCCUACUGUCAUCCAGCCGCAAAGUUUUAAUUUGGCUUUGGUGGGCGAAAAAGAGCCACUAUUUGCUGGAAGCACUGCGGACGUGCAUUUUCUGCUUGUGAACCACGGAGCCCGAAGUACGUUUUCUCUAGCAGCAACAGACGACGCAUCGAUGGUCCAGUCAGUAUCACCUACGUCAAUCACACUACAGGAGAAUGCCAACACGACUGGGUACAUCAGAUUUUCAGCUUCAAGCACAGCGGUCGCUGGUACAACAAGUACCACAACAUUAACUGUGAGAGGACCGGGAGGUUCGUCCAACUCACUGGUAGCCAGAGUAACGGUACAACCUCAAAUUGUAGUGCCUGUGGACAACGUCAAGCCAACGUGUACGCAAGUAUCGGCUACUGGUAGCUGCACCCUUGAACAACAACAUCCAUCUACCUGUGUCAGCCAUCUUUGGUCCAUAGAGGUCCACGAUGACGAGUACUUGGGAACAUCUCAAGUUGCACUGUUGGUGUCUGCCGCAGUAGUUGGUGUGGGAUUAUUGACUGGGCUCGGUCUCACCCUUUUUUGUAUGAAAAAGCCCACUAUCAAACCCUCUCCGGAUCCUACGAACUGGUGAGAAUUGACCCUGACAUGCGCUCUUCCUGGUGUUUUGCAUUUGUUUGACGGCUAGUUUUACUCUUUUCAGAGCUAUUUAUUUUUGUGCUUAAAUUAUGGCAACGACACAAUAAUGCC